AUGUGUUACGUCGGAAAAGCAACAAAGAUUUUCAUCUUCAUAGUCACAGUCGUGCUGGUUCUUGGCCUUGUCUUUGGAUUCGGUCUCCUGCGCCACGGCCUGCACAAUAAAUCCCACAAAUGCUCUGGUGAUUACUGCAAUUCUCCACCUCUCAUCCUCCCUAAUCCAAGCCCCAAUAAUCCCAGUUCUAACUCACCUAGUUCGGCCCAGUUCAGUCCGCCUAACCCGAACCCUCCUCCGGACCCUGGGUUCACCCCACCUAGCCCGACCCAAUUGAGCCCGCCAAGCUCCAGCCUGAGUCCACCUCCGCCUGAUACUAACCCAGCUACGCCUCCUCCAAAUUCUGCAUCGUUGCCUCCACCUCCGCCUCCGACUGGUGGGACGGCUCUCACUGGGGCUGCGUCGCCGUAUAGUCCGCCGGGUCCCGCGGUUGUUUCUCCAGGUCCUGUUGUAAUGUUUACGAGCAUUAUCCCUAGUUUGGUUCGCAGAUUUAGAGAUGGAAAUGGAAUGAGUAUGUCAGGAAAUUCCUUGUCUCUGUGUUUGGAUCGGAAAUUACUUGCCAGUGUGUUUGGAUUUUUGGUUGGUUAG